AUUGUACAAGCAACUCUCCUGGAGAACAAAAAAAUUGUACUGCCAACUCAAAUUUUUGUUGGUACUAUCCCUUAUAUGGCGAAUUAAUCUUGUUGAGACAUUGGAGUGUGCAUAAAGUGUGGAAUCAAAGCUUGUAAAAUGUCAGUUUGGACCCACCAGAUCUUCCCAUACAUUGAACCUGCUGAACCUUCUACUUAUAAAUAUUCAGAAGCACAAAUCAGUGUCUAAAUACCCAAUUUUUUUCUCCUUCUUGAGGGCUGUGUACUUGGUAGAAGAUGUUCUUCUCCCUAAAUUCUCGCCUUUGUUAUAGGAAAUUCAGACUCUUUCUCUCUCAAGGCUGCAUGGGUGUUGGCUACGUGGAAUUGUUCUGCUGCAGAUAAGUAGCUUUGGCUUCUCUAUUACUGAGCAUUGUGGAUUUUUUUUUAUUUAUUUAUUUUUAUUUGGGUUUGAAUGUUAGGUGCUUUUCUUAUUAACUAUUGGUGAAUUCGAAAAAUUUGGAACUGGGUAUGUUAGUGAAGUUUUUUCUUUGAUUUUUGAGCCAGAGUUCUGAAAAAGGGUUUGUGUUUGUUUGCCUGCUGUGAAUUGAAUAUACAUGCUUGAGAAUCUAUAUAGCUGGAGGAUUUGAUGAGAUGAUUCCAAAGGCAAAAAUGAGAAAUGGGUUUGCUUUAUUAUAGCUUAAUAAGAGCAUAAAAAAUUGUUAAUUGACUUCCUGAGAGACAAAAAGGGACACUAAUUAAGGUUUUAGGAAAAUGGGCUCGUGGGUCUGAUCAAAUUCGUUCUGAAACAAACAAAAUGGAAGGGAAUUUGUCACAAGGAGGUAUGAUUCAAGGUGGAGCUCCUUUUGGAGGCCUUGACUUGCAAGGAUCAAUUAGACUUCGUCAUCAAGCACUGUACCCGCAUGCUGUUCACCAGCAACAACAUCUUGUUCAUCGCCAAGGCCCCUCAAUCCAUCCUUCAGUUCAUGAUGGUUCUCCCCUUUCCAUGGGAACUUUGAACAACUCUGAUAAAACCAUUUCCCUGAUUAAUUACAACAAGGGAGAUAAAGGGAAAAGUUCAGCAAGUGAUGAGGAUGAGCCAACCUACACAGAAGAUGGUGCUGAUGGUCACAAUGAAGCAGGUAGAGGGAAGAAACGGUCACCAUGGCAACGUGUUAAGUGGACUGAUAAGAUGAUGAGGCUUUUGAUCACUGCUGUGUCUUACAUAGGUGAGGAUAUGUCUUCAGAAUGUGAUGGUGGGAUGAGAAGGAAAUUAACAGUUUUACAAAAGAAAGGCAAGUGGAAAUUAGUUUCCAAGGUCAUGGCUGAAAGGGGUUUCCGUGUUUCGCCUCAGCAAUGUGAGGAUAAAUUCAAUGACCUUAACAAAAGGUACAAAAAGCUCAAUGACAUGCUUGGAAGGGGCACUUCUUGCCAAGUUGUAGAGAAUCCUGCGCUUUUGGAUGUUAUAAAUUAUCUAACAGAGAAAGAGAAAGAUGAUGUUCGGAAAACAUUAAGCUCAAAGCAUCUCUUCUAUGAAGAGAUGUGUUCAUACCAUAACGGUAAUAGAUUGCAUCUGCCUCAUGAUCCAGCAUUGCAGCAUUCCUUACAGUUGGCUCUUAGAAGUAAAGAUGAUCAUGAUAAUGACGAUAUGAAAUGGAACCAACAUGAUGAUCUUGAUGAAGAUGAUCAAGAAGUGGAAACUGAUGAUCAUGAUGAAUUUGAAGAGAAUCAUACUUCACAUGGGGAUAGCAGGGGAAUAUAUGGGGUCUCAGGGAGCUCCAUGAAAAGGUUGAAACAUUGCCAGGGCCAUGAAGAUGCUCGUUUUGGGAAUUUAUCUCAGGAUGGUAACAAGGGUUCCUAUUCUCAGCUGCAGAUUUGUCAGGUUGAUAUGAAUCAAAUGUCAUCUGAAAGCACGAGAGCAGCAUGGUUACAGAAGCAGUGGAUGGAAUCUCGCACACUUCAGUUAGAAGAUCAAAAGUUACAAAUUCAACUUGAGAUGUUAGAACUGGAAAAACAGCGAUUCAAGUGGAAAACAUUUUGCAGGAAAAGAGAUCAUGAACUAGAAAAGCUGAGGAUCGAAAAUGAGAGGAUGAAGCUUGAGAAUGAGCGAAUGGCAUUGGAGUUGAAGGGCAAAGAAAUUGGUGCUGAUUUUAAUUAAUUGUCUGGAUCUGUCAUGAUUUGAUCACUUGUCACAUUGCUUUCAGUUUUGGUAAUAUGCUGUUCAAUAACAGCAUUAUCUUUUAGGAGGGAGAAUCUUGCUGGAAAUAUUGCUUUGCCUGUUUAUAUUGUGCAAACUUAAGGUUGUGAAAUACCAUUAUUGUUUGACUUCAGUGAAAUGGUAUUGUGAAGAUAUUGUGGCACAAAUCUUUUCCUUUUAAUCCUUUUUCCCCCUUUAAUUGUCAUGUAUCGGAACUAUAGUUGAAGUUUGGAUAUUUAUGCCCAUUUUUAUGAUUAAGCUAUAUAUAUUGUUGCUGUAAAUGUUUGAAUUGCUGUACUUCUGAACUGUUGUUUAGGAAUUUUGAAAUCCAUUUUUAAACUUAA